GAUCCGUACACUUUUCGUAACUCCACCCCCUUGUUUCAGCCCCCUGGGGGCGGCUCAUCCAGCAACAUUUUGUGUUGUUCGGUAAACGGUUGGCACCACGGUUGGAAAAAAAAUGGACGCUUUCACACGUUACGAGCGCCCUCUAUAGUGUUACCACCGUUGCUAACACAAAGCUAAAUAAUGGCACCAAGAAAAGGCAAAGUCCAGAAGGAGGAAGUCCAGGUGUCACUGGGCCCCCAGGUGCGCGAGGGUGAGAUCGUCUUCGGCGUGGCGCACAUUUUCGCCAGUUUCAACGACACUUUCGUGCACGUUACCGAUCUGUCGGGCCGUGAGACCAUCUCCAGGGUGACCGGGGGCAUGAAGGUGAAGGCCGACAGGGACGAGGCUUCGCCCUAUGCUGCUAUGUUGGCUGCGCAGGACGUCGCUGAGAAGUGCAAGUCGUUGGGGAUCACAGCAUUGCAUAUUAAAUUGAGGGCCACGGGGGGCAACAAGACCAAGACACCCGGCCCGGGGGCGCAGAGCGCGUUGAGGGCCUUAGCCCGGUCGAAUAUGAAAAUUGGGAGGAUUGAGGAUGUCACCCCCAUUCCGAGCGACUCCACGCGCAGGAAGGGCGGACGGCGUGGCCGUAGGUUGUAAUUUACUCAAGUUUGAGGUUUUUUAUAAGUAAUGUUGACCACAUCCAAAAUAUAACAUCUAAGCCA